AAUCUUUGUUGAGAUUGAAACUGCAAGACGCUCCGGCACCCGAUUCGGUAUAUAUAGUUGGGAAGGUCGGGAACAAGGAGGAUGGUUUGUUAUCAUUUUAAAAAAAAGUAGAGAGCAUUGCAAAUGCUCGCGUCACGUACUUGAUCGUAUUUUUGUUCAAACGUUUCAUGAGUGUUCAAUUAGGAGAUCUUUGAGGACGUUCUGAUGUAGAAGUGUCAUUGAUACGAGAUCCCGACGUAUUCAUCAAUCGAAAGUUGUCAAAUUGCCGGAGAUAACCUCAAAAUGAAACGUUGUCGACAUAACCUUGUCGAAUAGUCUGCACUUUUUAUUUUUGUUUUGUAAAUAAAUAAAUAAAUAAUAUUAUUGAUGAUGGAACGCAGUGAGGAAGAAUGGUCGGUCGAGUGUUCUGAUGAUGAAAAGUAUGAAGUCGAUCCGAAGGAAGGAUGGUCGCUAAAGCCCGAUGACAUAUUGGCUUUGUUGGGAGGAUUGGAGUGCAAUAAUCAGUGUUUGGAGCUCGAGUGGAAGUGUCCUGGGAGAAGAGGACCGUCUCCUUUGCCCACGAGCAAUCAAUUGCAGGACCAUGGCUUGCAAGAUUACAAGCCAGAGGAAAAAUCAGAUUUUGAUUUCAUGGAUGAGAUGUCAUCGCCAAGAUUACCAGUCCGUCGGACAGGCGAAAGUACGCCAAAGGGUAGCGCAAAGAAAAAAACUGCAAGUUUCAACGGAGUUCUGUCGACGAUGCGGCGUCACAGAAGAUUGGAGCAACAAGAGAUAAACUCAAGUCCGAAGAAGAGCGAGCCCAGUUCGCCGAGCAUGAAGCCACAGCCGACUUAGAACGUAAAGGAAAAAAAAGGAAGAAAAGUUAGACAGGAUGCAGAGAAGAGCGAGAGAAGAAAGAGCAGUCAAUUGUUUGUGCAGCCGUCAUAAGAAAAAAAGAUGUGAUGAAGGUGAAAUGAGUCGGUGGAUAUUCGACCGGCCUUGCCUGGACUAAUGUAAGAGUAAUAUAUCGAAGGAAGACUGCAUAAAGUUCGUUUAAUUUAAGAAAAGGUCGGAACUGACUACACGACAUUUUUUGAAACGAUGGUAGCAUUCCUUUUUAUCGUUUUAUUUUUCGUUUUUUUUUAUAUGAGAACAUAUAUUACGACGUGUUUGUAUCGUGCUUCGGAAAUUCAAAUGUUACCCGUCACAAGGUAUAUAUUGUUAUCCCCAUCCUCUGUGAGGAUAUAAUCGAUCGAUCGAUCAAACGUCCAGAAAGUAAGAUUUUCGAGUUAAUCAAGUGUGCUCUAUUCCUCUCUGAUUUGUCUCGAAUUUCGUCGAACAUUUACUUUUGGUCAUUUAAACGAUUAAUCUUCCUGAGCUGUAAGCUAUCUAAUGUACAAAGAAAUCGUCACGUCGAACAUAUAUACAUGAAAAUAUACAUAUAUAUCUACAUAGAUACAUAAACUCCA